AUGGCCAAAGCUAUGCAAAAAAUGUUUGCCUUAUCUGUUGAGAGGGGCUCUCAGACCACCCUUUACUGCGCUCUCGAGAAAUCACUGGACAGUGAAUCCGGAUUUUAUUAUGAUUUGUUUGGUUUUCACAGCAAUUGUUUACUCGUGGAUAACAUGUAUGCGAACGCGACGGACGAUAAAAGUGCGGAACUGUUGUGGCAAUUGAGCGCAGAUUUGGUUCAAUUGGAGGAUAAAUACAGACUUCACAAACAUAUCUGA